CGAUAGCGCCUCGCGCGACGUGCAUCGCUUUCCACACCGCCCCGCCUACACCUCAUCUUUAAACUUGCACCACCGGUGGAGGACAUCACUUUCGACGCAUCUCAUUGCCGCCCAAUAAGCGCGCAUUCUAGCCCGGCCGUCAAUGGCCAGACCACCACAGUACCAGGCCCAAGAGCCUUUCCUCAUCUAUCACGACAUUUACAGCCAGGCGACACCCAUGAUUAGCCAUGCCCCGAUGCCUCCUGCACCAAACCCUCCACGACAACCUCUCCAGAGCGCCAAUGCCAAUGUUAUACUAAACCCUCCGACAGUGACCUUCGUCAAGCAGUCACCCUUCAAAACCAAUGCGCCGCCAUCAGACCAAUCGCUCCAGCCUACCGAGCCAGCGCAGGGCAACAGGCUCAACGGUGCGGUUCGGAUUGACCCUCCCGGCAACUCGGGGCGCCCGACGGAUUCGCUCGAGAAGAAGCAGCCUGUGAUGUCGCGGUUUAAGACCGUUGCGCAAAAGCCCCAUCCCGAAUUCAACAUCCAGUUCAUGGACAAGGAGAACAUGCACCCUCCGAUUUACCCCGCACCGGCGCCAUCGCAAUUCAACCUCCCCUUGGAGACUUACUAUCAGAAGCCCAAUGGGAAACGCCUCCUCGAAGCCGCUCCUAUUAAGGAGCUCCGACCUGCAAAGCAGCCGAGACUCGACGACACCCUUCCUCCGCACGACUCGUUCCCACCCAUCCAUGACGAUAUCUACAAGUGGAUUUCGGACACGUUCAAGUUUUACAACGCCAACGACGCGGGAUGGCAGAACAGUAUCCGUCACAACCUCAGCCUCAACAAGCAUUUCAUCAAGAUUGAGCGGCCGAAAGACGAUCCGGGCAAGGGUAACUAUUGGGCAAUCGAGCCCGGUGCAGAGCACUUGUUCAUGAAGGAGAAGCCGUCGAGGAAGUCAGCUGCCAGCGCCGAAAACAUGCCUGUCAUGUCAACCCGCCUGGAGCCAUCUCAGCCUCAAGCCCAAAUGUCUUUCAUCCAUGAGUCUAUCUUCCCCCCCCAGGCCCCCGCCCCUCAAAGCUCUCUUCCCCCGUUGCCCCCGGCUUCGCAACAACUUGCGCCUGCUCCGCCUCUCCCCGAGAUUUCAUCCGACGCGACUAUCCCGGUUUCGGACCUGGCUACCAUAGACGACGGGCUUGAACGACCGGCCGAGAAUGAACUCAUAAACGAACCCGUAAACGAACCCGAGCUUUACUCGCCGCUCCCUGCAUCCAUGCACUCGUCACCACCAAUUCCCAAGCACAUCGAGGCCCGCCACAGUGGAACUCCGCCCUCGCAGCCGCGUCUGCUCCCUUCAUCAGGCACUAAGUCACGUUCUCACAGGAGGAGGUUCAUGUCGAUGGAUGACAGCGGCUACAUCUCCUCCCUGGAGUCCUCUGCCAUGCGUCCGAACCACCCUUCCAAACUCCUCACCUCCGAGGCGGAUCGGCCGCGGAUCAAGAGGGGACGAGCCGAGGAAGAAAUCGCUCGCCUUCGUGCUUCAUCAUACGACAGUCCCUCAAAGGGCCGGUCCUACGGGUACCCUCCACCUUCAUCGUCACCCCUACGACAGCCUUCACAAAGCGGUUCGGGCCAAAUGCUUCCGCCGCUCACUCCGGCAAUGAAGUUGAAGGCCCCCCCGAAGCCGCCACCCUCUGUGUCACCGAGCACAAAUUUGCGGUUGCAUCGGGAGAACAUACAAUCUUUGGUCGAGUCGCCUGUCCGACGUAUCAAUGCCUUGCUUCCCGAGAGUGAAAAUGUUCUGCAGAACACACCAGGCUUCGACAUCGACCAAUUACUCUAUGAUAUGGAGCGGAAGACGGACGACAAUACGGGCUUUGACAUUUUCGAGGACCAGCCGCCUUUCCCAUCCGUCUUUGCGCUGACACCUGGGGUCGCUUCUAACGGGUCUCCUGCCAAGCGGUCGGUGAGGAAGCAGCGGCUCGAACGCUCCCAAUCCACCAGCGUGUUGAAUGAUGCGACAGCGUCUGCUACGAAUGCCGCUACAUCCUUCCUCAAGCUCCCGAAUCAGCCAUCCAACUUGCUCCUCGACACGCCAAGCAAAGUCUUUGACGGUCUGCCGUCGUCGCCAAGCAAGCUCUUUCUGGAUCUGCAGUCGCCAAGCAAGAUGCCCAUGACCAACGACGAGAACCUGGAACCGUGGAAUUGCUUCGACCAGUUUCAGGCAGACUUCCUGGAGGAAAAUCUCUCUGGGUUUGAUAUGCUGGCUGGCUUUCAGAAGAUUGGUUCGAGCAACGGGCAGACGACCUCACGGAGUUCGAAGGCGGCCCAGAAGGCACCGCUUGGUCGUUCGCACACGACUGCUUUCUAAACCCUGGCUGUUCCACCUCUGGGAAAGCGAUGGUGCUUGCCAACCGAUUUCGCCUUUUCAUCUCGCGUCUUUCAUUCGGGUGUCCUACUCUGAUUUGCGGGCAUCGUCUUGGUCAUGGGUCCAUUUGGGGGAAUGCUGUUGCUCACGACUGUUACGAUUGACGACAACCACAUCACAACGGGUUAUUCUGUCGCUUCCUGCAUCCAGCGUCUUGGGCUUCGGUUAUCCAUGGGCCCGAAUUUUUUGUUUUUGUCUUCUCUACACUUUGUGUGUGUCUCAGCGAGUGGAUGGGGAUUGGCUUCGGCCCAGCGUAGGCGUCACGAGCAAAGCCGGUUGCAACUCCUGUCCCUCUUUGUCAACAAAGCCGCGGACGAGGUGCAACAGGUGAGGCC